GUCCAUUUGAUUGUUGAUGAAGUCAACGAUACGAGCCUGCUGUCAUGAAGAAACUUUCUUCUUCUCGACUAUAGAUAUUUCCCAUUGAUUGGGUGUUUCUAUUUUCACAAUUUCUCUUCCACUUUCAUGUUUUGCAACCAUUCAAUCCACAAAUGGGUUCAAAAAUAGGGCAAUUACUUGUGAUCGUAUUCAUCCAAAUUUGGUUUGCAGCAGCACAGAACGAUGAUUCUGUAUAUUUGCGGGCUCUCAAAGACGUUUGGGAGAACACACCACCCAGUUGGGACGAUAGUUCCGACCCCUGCAGUGGAUGGGAUGGAAUCAGAUGCACCAACGGCCGUGUCACCUCCAUACAAUUGGCAAGCAUGGGUUUGACUGGUCCACUUCCGGGAGACAUCGGGCAGUUAUCUGAGUUGCAGAUUCUAGAUCUGUCUUACAAUAAAGGUUUGGUUGGGUCUCUAACUACAGCAAUUGGGAAUUUGAAGAAGUUGACAAAUUUAAUCCUGGUUGAUUGCGGUUUCAGUGGUCUACUUCCCACCACCCUUGGAGAUCUAGAAAAUCUUGUCUAUAUGUCUCUGAAUUCGAAUGGUUUCACUGGACCCAUUCCACCUUCCAUUGGUAAUAUCAGAAAUCUUUACUGGUUGGAUCUAGCAGACAACAUGCUCACUGGAAGUAUACCAGUUUCUAGUGGACGAACUACUGCUGGUCUUGAUAUGCUGACUAAUGCAUUGCACUUCCACUUGGGAGGGAACAGGCUCGAGGGUGAUAUCCCAGCUCGGCUCUUUAGCUCAAAUAUGUCUCUAAUUCAUCUGCUAUUUGAAAACAACCAGCUUACAGGCCCCAUUCCUCCCACACUUGGGCUUGUGAAAUCGCUAGAAGUCGUACGUCUUGAUGGGAACUUAUUAACUGGGAAUGUCCCGCCAAACAUCAACAACCUUACCGGUGUUUUUGAGAUGUUCCUGUCAAACAAUCAACUGACUGGCCCUGUGCCUAAUUUAACCGGUUUGAAUGUACUCAACUAUCUGGAUUUGAGCAACAAUACUUUUGAACGAACAGACAUUCCUUCUUGGUUUUCAACGUUGCAAUCUUUGACAACACUUAAUAUGUACAGUACAAACCUUGUGGGAGAGCUGCCUGCUGCCCUUUUCAGCAUCCCUCAAUUACAGCAAGUUGAUUUAAGUAACAACAGAGUAAAUGGCACCUUGAAUCUUGGCUCUACCUAUAGCAGCCAACUACAGUCGGUCAAUUUGCAGGAUAAUCAGAUCGAUGCCUUCCCUCAAAGAAGUCAAUACAAUAUCCAGUUAGCACUUGUAGGUAAUCCAAUCUGCUUUGAAUCGGGCGUGACAGAGAGAUUUUGCUCGCCUCUCACAACUACUGAUUCUUCAUAUUUCACACCACCCAACAACUGUGCGCCUGCAACUUGUAGUUCAGGUCUAGUUUCAAGUCCAAAUUGUGCAUGUGCCUCUCCAUACACUGGCAACAUUAUCUUCCGAGCUCCUUCCUUUUCUGACCUUGAAAAUGGGACCAUUUAUGAGGUCCUCCGCAAUUCCAUGAUUACUUCUUUUCGGACGUCGCAACUCCCUGUAGACUCGGUUUCUCUCAAGAAUCCUACCAAAAAUUUGGACGAUUACCUUGUGAUUAGGGUAGAGAUUUUCCCAUCUGGAGAAGAAAGGUUCAAUAGGAGCGGGAUUAUUGGGCUUGCGUUCUCACUAAGUAACCAAACUUUCAAGCCUGGCCGAGAAUAUGGGACCUACUUUUUCACCGGUGAAAACUACGACUUCGUAGGAGCAUCAGGGACAGGAAACAAGUCAUCCAACACUGGAGUUAUUGUAGGAGCGGCUGUUGGUGGUUGUGUGCUUGUGGUGCUAUUGGUACUUGCAGGAAUGUAUGCUUUUCGUCAAAAAGGGAGAGCUGAAAGAGCAAACCAAGAGAGCAGCCCUUUUGCAUUAUGGGAUGCAACCAAUGGAAGUGGUGCUGUCCCUCAGCUCAAAGGAGCAAAAUCUUUCUCUUUUGAGGAACUUAGCAAAUACACAAACAACUUUUCAGAAAUGAACAACAUAGGAGCUGGUGGAUAUGGAAUGGUGUACAGAGGAAGUCUACCAAAUGGGCAGAUGAUUGCCAUCAAAAGGGCUACACAGGGAUCAACACAGGGUGGGCUUGAGUUCAAAACCGAGAUUGAGCUUCUUUCAAGAGUUCAUCACAAGAAUCUUGUGAGUCUUGUAGGUUUUUGUUUUGAUCAAGGAGAACAGAUGUUGGUCUAUGAGUACAUUGUGAAUGGUACAGUCAAAGAUAGUCUUUCAGGGAGAUCUGGAAUCAGGUUGGAUUGGAUGAGAAGACUUCGAAUAGCAUUGGGAGCAGCAAAAGGGUUGCAAUACUUGCAUGAUCUUGCUGAUCCUCCAAUCAUACAUAGAGAUGUUAAAACUAACAAUAUCUUGCUAGAUGAACGCUUAGUCGCAAAGGUGGCUGAUUUCGGUCUAUCUAAAUCACUGGGCGACGCUAAUAGGACUCAUGUUACCACUCAAGUCAAAGGAACAAUGGGCUACAUGGAUCCGGAGUAUUACAUGACACAACAGUUGACAGAAAAGAGCGAUGUUUAUAGCUUUGGAAUUGUACUGUUGGAGCUGAUAACCGCAAGAAAUCCAAUCGAAAAAGGAAAAUACAUUGUGAGAGAAGUGAAACAAGCCAUGGACAAAAGUAAAGAACUAUACAACCUCCAAGAAGUCCUUGACCCAACCAUUGGUUUGAGCAGCCAACUCAAAGGUUUGGAAAGAUUUGUGGAUGUGGCAUUGAGAUGUGUUCAAGAAACAGGAGAUCAAAGACCAACAAUGAGCGAUGUUGUGAAAGAGAUUGAGAACAUUAUGGAACUCGCGGGUCUUAAUCCCAAUGCGGAAUCAGCAUCAAAUUCAGCAAGUUACACAGAUGGAAGUAAGGCGGGAUAUGAACAUCCUUAUACCAAUGAUAGCCUUUUUGCUUAUAGUGGUGACCAUUUUCCUACAAAGUUGGAUCCCAAAUAGAAAACAUAUCUAUAACAAAUUCAUUGAUGGCUAUUUCAUGUUUUUAUGGAGUUGUUGAUUGUAAAAAGAAUACUUGUUUUUUUUAUCUUUGCUUUUGUGAAGAUGAGACUUGCAAAAUACGGAUUUUGGAAGGAAAGGUGUUGAGGUUUUAUGUAUUUAUGUUCAGAAGUUGUAUGUGAAAUUCGAGUUAUUGAUUUUUCUUAGAGA